AUGAUUGAAAAUUUCUCAGAAGGUUUAUCUUAUUUUCAAAUAUCCUAUCUAACAUUUCAAGCUGUUACUGAAAUACUAAUAAUCUGCUUAUCUGGUUAUGUUGCAGCGAAAUUUAACCUAAUUAACUCCACAACCCAAAAACAAAUAUCAAAAUUAAACAUAUCCAUCUUCACACCUGCAUUAAUUUUUAUUCAACUAGCUCAGUCUUUAUCUCUCAAAAAAUUCUUAGAACUAUCAAUUAUACCAAUUUUUUUUACUCUCUCAUCUGUCACCUCGUAUUUCUGCUCAAGAAUUGUAUCCUCAAUUUUAAAACUAAAUAAAUCAGAAACUGGUUUUGUUAUUGCCAACUCUGUUUUCCCAAAUUCUUUUGCUUUGCCUGUUUCUCUAAUCUUAUCCUUAUGCUCCACUUUACCCAACUUAACUUGGGAUAAGUUGCCCAACGAUGAUGCAGCUCAAAUGGCAAGCAGAACUGUUUUAUAUCUUUUAAUCUAUAACCAACUUGGUCAAAUUUUGAGAUGGUCUUGGGGUUAUAAUACUCUUUUGAAAAAAGUUGAUAAUAAUGAAUUGUACCAUUUAGAUGAUCCAAAUUUUAUUCCCAAUGAUAGCGAAAGAAAUCUCGAUGAUGCUUUAUCCUUGGAUAAUUCGAUCUUUAAAGGUAUAUCCUCUUCCAAGGUCCCAAUAACUACCACAAUUAGUAAUGACAAACUAAAUCCAACUGAAAGCACUCCCUUAUUAAUAUCUUCUGCAUCCUCGUCCUUUUCUUCUUCUUCCCUAUAUUCCACUCUCAAUAAAAUAAAAACAAAGGUCUUGCAGUACAUGAAUCCCCCAUUAUAUGCAAUGAUUGCUGCUAUGAUCAUUUCCUUAUUGCCUAGAGUUAGAAAAAUUCUAUUCGAAAACAAUGGCUUCUUAAACUCGACGAUAGUUCUAGCUACUGACCAGCUAGGUGCUCUAGCUGUUCCCCUAGUCUUGAUCAUCUUGGGUGCCAACUUAUAUCCAUCCAACGAUGUUCCCUCAGCAACUCCUUACUACAAUAGACUUGUGUUUGGUUCUUUAAUCUCCAGAAUGCUUUUGCCUGCUACCAUUUUGGUUCCUUUAACAUUUUUAAUUGUGAAAUAUUUGUCCAUUCCCAAUGCCACAGACCCAGUCUUCCUUCUCUGUGCUUUUGUAUUAAUUUUUUGUCCUCCAGCUUUACAAGUUUCUCAAAUUUGUCAAAUUAAUGAGAUUUAUCAAAAGGAAAUGGCUGGAGUGUUAUUUUGGUCCUAUGUUAUUUUUACUUUGCCUGCUAUUAUAUUUGCAGUUCUUUUAGCUUCACAGGCUUUAAAUUUUUUAUUUAACAUUCUUUUGGAAUGA